AAACAGCAUUGCAUUUAAUCGCAAUGUAAAAAGGUUUACAGAGAUUUUAUACACAAUUUUUGUUCUCUGAUGUAUACAAUUUUUUUUCAAUGGUGAAUUUUAAAACUGAUAAAAUUUUACCAAAAACCAUGACUGGCAAAAGAAAAAGUAGGCCACCAUCGGUUUGCAGUUCAGAGGAUUCAGCAGUUUUAAAAAAGCGAAGGAUUUCUAGAUCUCAAACUAAACCGAUCAUGAAAGAGGAGAGCAUUAAAAAAUCUAAGAGCUCAACGAUGGGAAAUGAAAUCAAACCGAAAAGAACUGUCGGGUUUACUAGAAACGAGAAACUAAACAACAAUAUAGAUGUACAGCCGAAACCGACUACAUCUAAAUUACCAGAAACCGAUGUAAAUAUGUGCGGAGAUUUCGAAAAAGAAUACAACAUGAGAUUCCAAAUAUCGAAGCUAAAAAGAAACCAGACCAUGUACAAAACGUCGAGAAAUCGUGUUUCUGUCAAUAAAACUGUCAAUAUGGAAAAAUUACCGACGGGUAAAAUAACAAAAAAUCCCUUUUUUAACUUCCUGAGAGAACUGCGAGCGGUUUGCGAUUAUUCCGGCAAACAAAUCGCUAUCGAAGGUGGUAAAAUUUGGCAAACACUGAAUAAAGAGCAGAAAGACCAAUUUACUAAACGAAAUCUACGUCAAGUCAACCGUAAGCAACAAACUCUUGCAUGUUAAUAUGUAGCUUGUCUUGAGUUAAAAUUUUUUGUCGAUAUAUAAUUUUAUCAAUUUGUAUUUUAUAAUAAAAUUAUUGGUUAAUAAAAAA